CCCCUGGCAAAGGUCAUGAAGCUUGUGAGGAAGAACAUCGAGAAGGACAAUGCGGGCCAGGUGACCCUCGUCCCCGAGGAGCCCGAGGACAUGUGGCACACCUACAAUCUAGUGCAGGUGGGCGACAGCCUGCGCGCCUCCACCAUCCGCAAGGUCCAGACCGAGUCCUCCACGGGCAGCGUGGGCAGCAACCGUGUCCGCACCACCCUCACUCUCUGCGUGGAGGCCAUCGACUUUGACUCGCAGGCCUGCCAGCUGCGAGUUAAGGGGACCAACAUCCAAGAGAAUGAGUAUGUCAAGAUGGGGGCUUACCACACCAUCGAACUGGAGCCCAACCGCCAGUUCACCCUGGCCAAGAAACAGUGGGACAGUGUGGUUCUGGAACGCAUCGAGCAGGCUUGUGACCCAGCCUGGAGUGCCGAUGUGGCAGCUGUGGUCAUGCAGGAGGGCCUCGCCCACGUCUGCUUAGUGACGCCCAGUAUGACCCUCACCCGUGCCAAGGUGGAGGUGAACAUCCCCAGGAAACGGAAAGGCAACUGCGCCCAGCAUGACCGGGCCCUGGAGAGGUUCUAUGAACAGGUGGUCCAGGCCAUCCAGCGCCACAUCAACUUUGAGGUUGUAAAGUGUGUCCUGGUGGCCAGCCCCGGAUUUGUUCGAGAGCAGUUCUGCGACUACAUGUUUCAGCAAGCGGUCAAGACUGACAACAAAGUGCUCCUGGAAAACCGGUCCAAAUUCCUGCAGGUACACGCCUCCUCUGGACACAAGUACUCCCUGAAAGAGGUCCUUUGUGACCCUACUGUAGCUAGCCGCCUGUCGGACACGAAAGCUGCUGGGGAAGUCAAAGCCUUGGAUGACUUCUAUAAAAUGUUACAGCACGAGCCUGACCGAGCCUUCUACGGACUCAAGCAGGUGGAGAGGGCCAACGAAGCCUUGGCGAUCGACACAUUGCUCAUCAGUGAUGAGCUCUUCCGGCAUCAGGAUGUGGCCACGCGGAGCCGGUACGUCAGGCUGGUGGACAGCGUGAAAGAUAACGCAGGCACGGUUCGGAUAUUCUCCAGUCUCCAUGUGUCUGGGGAACAGCUUGGCCAGUUGACGGGAGUCGCUGCCAUUCUCCGUUUCCCAGUGCCGGAACUUUCUGACCAAGAGGAUGAUUCCAGUUCUGAAGAGGAUUAAAACUGAUAUUUAAUAGUUGCUUCUUCUCAGCGUCCCUUGACAGGUGCAAGAGCCGCACUUGUUGAUCGUGCUGGGAUUUCUUGUGUUGGUCACACUAGUGUUUUGUGGUUGACAGGACAUGUAUUCAAAUUAAAUAAACCAAAAGACAAGACUGUCCAAGCA